AUGCAGAAUGACAUCGAUGCAGCUGGAUGGCGUGCUGUUGGCACUUGCGUUCCACAGAUCGGUGCCAUUACUGCGAUUAGAACUACUGUGGACACUAAUUCAGGGACGGACAAUUUACAGGUAGGGAACUUUACGGAUUUUUGCACAUUUUUGGUUUUUAGUUGCACAAAAGGAACCACAGACUGUAACACCCGCGCUUAAAG